CUUCUCACUGGCAAAAAUGUUGCUGAAAAUGGAAGAAAUGGUACCUGAAAAAAAGAAUGAAAUGAAGAAGACUAGUAAUUUUGUAGCUGGUGUUUCAAAGAAUGGAGAAUAUGAAACAGCUGUAGCUCUAGAGAAACAGGAGGAUCUGAAGACCACAUCGAAAUCCCUUAUUGAGCUGGAAGAAGAGAAACAAAUAAAGGAAAAACAGCUAAAAUCAGAGCUCCUUAAGAAAAAACUAGAGGAACGGCCAAAGUUGGAUAAUUUGGAAGAUCUACAAACAAUUAUUAAUCUGAAAAAAAGAAAACGAGUCAAAAAAGUGCAUGUUCCUGUUGUCAAGGAACCAGAGCCAGAAGAAAUUAUUGAAAAUGUGGAUCAGACAACAUUCUUCAAAGCAGCAUUGGAUAAUAAAAUGCCAGUCAUUGAAAAAUACUUAGCAGAUGGAGGAGACCCAAACACAUGUGAUGAGUAUAAGCGCACAGCUCUGCACCGAGCCUGCUCAGAAGGACAUACUGACAUGGUGGAGAAAUUAAUUGAAGCUGGUGCGAAUAUUGAAUUUAAAGAUAUGCUUGAAUCUACAGCCCUGCACUGGACAUGUCGCGGUGGAAGUGUUGAGACGUUGAAGUUAUUGCUGAACAAAGGAGCAGCCAUUAAUGCUAGAGACAAGUUGCUCAGUACUCCCCUACAUGUUGCAGUCAGGACAGGGCACUAUGAAUGUGCUGAACACCUCAUUGCCUGUGAAGCAGACUUACACGCCAGAGACAGAGAAGGAGACACACCAAUGCAUGAUGGGGUGAGAUUAAAUCGCUACAAAAUGAUGAGACUCCUGAUUCUAUACGGAGUGGAUCUAAACAUCAAGAACAGUGCUGGGAAGACCCCCAUGGAGCUGGUAAUGCAGUGGCAGAAUGGGGCAAAAGAGAUAUUCAAUGGGCUCCAGAGUAAAUCCUACAAAAACUCACACAUUUCUAAAUUCUAAUGAAGAAUAUUUCCAUCGACAGCACUGAAGCAUUCAUAGAGACAGGAAUCUCUGAAAGGCAUUAAUGUGCACAUAGGUUUCCUGCUUUAAUGAACCUAUGGUUUAUGACUAUUCCAAUUUUUUCUAAUUAAUUUAUUGCACUUUCAUUUUUUAAAUCUGUAUUGUAUUUAAUGUUUGCAAAAACAUAUUGCAAUUUCGCUUCUUACUAAUAUAAACUUAUAUAUAUUUAUGGCUAAAAUGUACUAAAUAUUUCUAAGUAUUCUAAGUAUCAUUGAACAGACAAAGCUUCCGCACAUAUUCAUACUUGGCUGUCUGUUGAAUGGAUGAUUUAUUGCAAUACAGAAAGACUUUGACCAUUGAGGAGACUGCCAGAGGUAGAUUCCUGGCUGGAUGUGAAGUUAUAUUUAAUGCUAAAUGGCAGAAGCUCAUUGGCUUUUAAAUGAGCUACAGAGGCUUAAUGAGAAAGUUUGGCAGUAAAAGGAUAUGGAGAAACAAAAGUCACAGUCCAAUUGGCUUUUGGCAAAGAGAUCCAAGUCAUUGGACUGCAGUAUAUGUGUUUAAAAGCCUGUACAACUGCACCUCUCAUUGACAGAAACCGGUCAAUGAGAAACCUGUUAUGUUCACAAGGCUUCCAAUGGCUGUGACCUGAAGAUUCUAGAUGGAACACAAGGAAUGUUAAACAAAGGACACGAGGAGAAUUUGCAAUGGCAAAUAAGAAUGUAGAACAGUGUGAUGUUCAUUUUUUUGUAUAUUUGUAUUGCAUUUUCUGUACAUUUUGUAUGAUGUCCCUAUAUCGAUGAUACAGUUCUUGAUGUUAUACACUUUAUUGUAACAUAUUGUUCUAGCAAUGGAUAAUGAACAUGAAUUCUUAUGAAACCAUUGAGAUACAGUACAAAGCAAGUUAAAAUGUGGAGCUCCCGGACUGUGCUUUUAUUUAUAGCACGUAGGUAUGAAGCUCACAGCACUGUACAGCAUCUCAAAUUUUACAAUGAGUUCUUAUACUUUACUUAACUGGCAAAUGCAGGUCAAGGCCCUACAUAUCACUGGGCAUCUUUUGACAAAGUGUUUUUAACUAAAUGUGUAAAUGUUAAAAGGUGACAUAUGUAAGAAUUAGGAGAGACCAAUAAUGAUCAUUGUCAUUUUAUCUGGCGGUCAUUCUUUGCCCUCUAGUGGUGGGUACAGUGUAACUGCACUGCUCUUUCAUUGUCUCAUCUCUGUAUGAUAAUAUGACAAUUAGCAAGACGUGUAUACACUGCAUCAUAAUGGCAUAUAAAUAUAUUUAAAGCAGAGUAAAACAGAAUAUGGAGGUUUGAAACUGUUUCUAGAGACAGACUAAAGAGAUCUUUAAUUCAUUGUAUAAUGGCUCUUUAAUAGAAAUACAAAUCUCAAAUGUUCUGCAGCAGAACUGCGUCAAAAAAAAUACUCUGUAGUCAAUCUAUUAUUAUUGUUAUUAUUUAACAAUAAACAUUAAACAAAAGGCAAA